GUCCAUUUUCUGAUUCCUAGGGCCUGGAUGCAAUUAUUGGAGAUAAUUCAAAUAUCAGCACUCAUGGCUUCUACAAGAGAAAAAGAUGGUGGACUUCGAGGACGUGAUCGCGGAGCCCGUGGGCACCUACAGCUUCGACGGCGUGUGGAAGGCCAGCUACACCACCUUCACCGUGUCCAAGUACUGGUGCUACCGCCUGCUGUCCACGCUGCUGGGCGUCCCGUUGGCCCUGCUCUGGGGCUUCCUGUUCGCGGGCAUCUCUUUCUGCCACAUCUGGGCGGUGGUGCCCUGCAUCAAGAGCUACCUCAUCGAGAUCCAGUGCAUUAGCCACAUCUACUCCCUCUGCGUCCGCACCUUCUGCAACCCCCUCUUUGCGGCACUCGGCCAGGUCUGUGGGGGCAUCAAGGUCCUGCUACGCAAGGAGGGACAGAGCUAGGGGACCCUACCCCGCCGAGCCCCCCACCUCCUGCGGGGACAUGGGGACCUGCCCCCGGGCCCCUGCCCUCCCACCCUCGGCUGGCCCUGGCUUCCACUCAGACUGUGACAGCCCCAGUCAGCACCCCGGGGAGACGCCGGGACUGAGGGCACCCCAAUAAAGGGCUCUGGCUGCU